AUGUCGGGAAAAGUGCCAGAUGUAAUGGAAAGUUUAAAAAUAUUGGUAAUGGGGCUGUCGGCGACAUUAUCCCCAUCAGAUAUAGUUAUUGCAUUUGGCGUAGUUUUCCGUUUGCACUUUAUCCAAGUCCAAAAUCGCUUAGGAUUUGUGACAAGGUCAGAAGAAAUACAAUUAAGCAUUCAAAUUAUUACCCGGAUUUCAUCAAAGCAUUCAAUAAAAGAAACGGUUCCGAGGCAUAUACUGCAAGCAUUACACAGCCACAUCAACCAGUCCGCAGCAAACGUUACAAGAGACAAGUUGAAGAAGACCGGAUUCCUUCCAGUUAAUUCACUCCGUGUCUAUCUCGAAGAGGUAGUAAAUCCGAAUUAUACUGAAACUACUCAAGCCAAUGGAGAACCAUGGAUAAAUCCAGCACAAACAUGCGCAGUACUCGGAAACUCUGGAAUCCUUUCAGGAAGCAAAUGUGGACAAGAAAUUGAUGCACAUGACCACGUGUUCAGAUCAAAUAUGGCGAAAUUGGAAGGAUUUCAAGAGGACGUUGGGACGAAAACCAGUUUGGUAACAAUAAACAGCGCUGCUGGGAGAGCAUUUAUUUGGUGCUUGAAAAACAUAAACGACACUUGCAACAAAUAUGUGCAUCAAUACCUAAACAAAUUGGACAAUUCGACUAUUAUAUGGGUGUCUAAGGCUUGUAACAGGUAUACAAAACUUUCAACUGUUAGAGCUCUUCGUGCAAUAAAACCCAAUAUUGUUGCUGCACGGCCCAAGCGAUUAUUACAGCGAAAAAUUGGAAGUGAUUCGACAUGGAAAAAGAAAGGCUCCAACGACAUGUUCGACGUCACCAUGGGCAGCUUCGACGGGCAGAAGUAUGUGAACAGCUCUUUCAUUCUGUCAUCACUUGCAAAAAAGCUUGGCAAAACCAACAUCGGCCUAUAUCGGGACGACGGCCUCGCAAUCAUGAAGAGCACAUCACACCAAGACAGUACUACAUUUCUCAAGGCUGCUCCAGACUACGAAAAAACAUUAAAGGAGAGCGGCUUCCAGGACAAAAUGAGUUUUAAACCAUCACCUGGAAACAAGCCUAAAAAAAACGAAACAUCAUCUGCACUGUUAAAAAUAAAGGUGCAACUAAAGGAUAAUACGUCAGGAGAAAACCAAGCCAGCAUCAAGCAUGUAACAGAUUUAAUGGACCUUUCAAAGAAGUGUAACCCAGACCAGAACAUUAUGGUCGAUAAACUAGAGCGUACAAAGGAAUAUCGUUUAAAAUAUAUUGCCGAGCACUCUGUGAAAGACGUGUUGGAGAAAUUUCCUUUUCUUAAACUAGAAAAUGAGGUGAAAAUUAGCAUUAAUAGAAUAGUGUAA